AUGUGUUCUAUUAUUCCUUCUGAAUAUAUUGACGUUGAAUAUCUCCUGGCGCUUUCUUAUAAGACAAAAGAUGAUAUAAAAGAAGGAGUUUUAACCAGAAUCGAACAGAUUCGCCGCAUGCAUGCAAACUUCCGUUUACGACUCUAUAGGCCAUUACAGUUGGCAUUCGGUAAACAAUCUCUGCACAACGAACCCAUAUACGAAGGUGAAGAAGAAAAUGCAGGCCAAGCUUUAACACCUUUCACCUCGAGCCCCGUUUCUUUUGACUGUAGUAACAGUCCAUCACGGCCAUUAACAUCUACUUUCAAUAGGCCAGCAACCGCACCCUCUGUCGAUGUAUUCGACCUCAUUGGUGUAACGCCGUCGACGUCCAUCUCCCAUGACGUGGUGAACUAUGGUGUUGCCAAGGAUCCAAGUAUAGUACCUCAGCCUCAGUGGCCUACUUCGACUACUUCCACGUUCAAUGUUGUGCAACCACCAACUGCUGUGGUAAAUGGAAGUGCGACUCCAACGGCGAAUCAGAUCAAUAUCAAUACAAACUGGUGA